AUGGUGUCCCUCCGUCUCUCACUCUUCUCCGCCCUCUCCGCGCUGGCCCUUCAGGUAUCGUCAGCAACCUCCGGCUGCCGCUGCGGCGACCGCAACUUCCUCGCCUUCCCGCGCAUCAACCUCACCUCCUCAGAACCGAGCCAAUGCGCAGCAUACAAAAUGAUCGACGCCCGCGGCACGAUGGAACCACAAGGCGUCUCCGCCUCCUUCCAAUCCGCCAUCCAGCGCCUGAUCGAGAACAACACGCAGGUCGUCAGCCACUCGGUGCUCUACCCGGCCGGUUUCGACCAGAACGUCACGCUGGGUGUGCAAGACGUCGUGGAGCAGGUGCAAAAUGGAGCUAGAGCGUGUCCGGAGCAGAAGUAUUUCCUCUUCGGGUACUCCCAGGGCGCGACUGUGAUGUUGCAAGCUCUUGAGAAAUUGGACGCGGAGCGCGUUGCGGCGGUCGUGUUGGUUGGGAAUCCAUACCGUCUUCCCGGGCGUUUGUCGAAUGUUGAUGGCGAGAGGAGGUCGGAUAAUAGGACUGCGGUUGGGACUUUUGCGGUGGAGGCGAAGAAGACGAAUGCUUCUAUCCCGGUGAUUGCGGAUGAUUUGGACCGGAGCGGGAAGGUGAAGGAUAUUUGUCUCGACAACGACACCGUCUGCGCGUUUGAUCCCGCGUGCAAGUGUCAGAUUGCAAGCGACCACCUUUCGUACGGGUUGAUGGAGUCUGUGCAGGACUUGAUCUUCGACCACGUUGUUUCGCGGUUCUAG